AUGGCGAUCGGUAAGACUAUGCUGGGUCGACGACACGUCCAGCCUGAUGUCUUGACGACACUCCAUACCAUUCAGGUAGAAGGGACAUUCAUCGUCGGGACUUAUCUCGUGACGGUGCAUGAUCCCAUUGCUUCAGAUGAUGGAGAUCUCGAGAAGGCCUUAUAUGGAAGCUUCCUACCUGUUCCAUCGAAUGAUGCCUUUCCACUACCAGACACGAGUGUCUACGAGACCAAAAAUCAGCCUGGCGCAGUGAUUCCCGUCAAAGAGGGCAGAAUUGUUCUCAAUGAAGGCCGGAAGAGAAUCAGACUCAAGGUCACCAGCAAAGGCGAUAGACCGAUUCAGGUUGGAUCGCACUAUCACUUCAUUGAGACAAAUCCUCAACUCGAAUUCGACCGAAUUAGAGCAUAUGGCUUCCGCUUAGAUAUACCAGCAGGAACCUCGAUUAGAUUCGAACCGGGUGAUUCCAAGACCGUUACACUUGUUGAGAUCGCAGGUAAUAAGACGAUUCACGGCGGCAAUUAUCUCGCUUCUGGAGUGGUCGAUGUCUCUCGAGUCGAUGAGAUUUCUCGCAAGCUGCAAGAAGGGGGUUUCGCCAAUGUUCCCGAGCCGACUGGUGAUUUGGCUCAUAUUGACGUGGCUUCCAUGGCAAGAGCAGAUUAUGCGACUAUGUUUGGACCGACGACUGGUGAUUUGGUUAGACUUGCGAACUUGGACCUCUGGAUCAAGGUCGAGAAGGACCUGACAUCGUAUGGUGAGGAAUGCAAGUUUGGAGGUGGCAAGACGAUUCGUGAAGGCAUGGGACAAGCCUCUGGUCGAAAGGAUGAAGAAGUCCUUGACACCGUGAUCACAAACGCAUUGAUCGUCGAUUGGAGUGGUAUCUACAAGGCUGAUAUUGGCAUCAAGCAUGGUCUUAUCUCCGGUAUAGGGAAGGCUGGCAAUCCGGAUACCAUGGACGGAGUGACAGAAGGUAUGGUUGUUGGUAGCGGGACUGAAGUCAUGGCUGGAGAAGGCUCCAUCAUCACAGCCGGAGGCUUCGAUUCCCAUAUCCACUUCAUUUGUCCCCAACAGGCAUACGAAGCCCUGUCCGCUGGCAUCACCACACACCUGGGAGGCGGUACGGGUCCCUCAGCCGGAACGAGCGCGACGACCUGCACACCUGGAAAGUGGUACAUGGAGAAGAUGCUCCAAGCCAUUGACAAACUACCAAUCAACUACGGCAUCACAGGCAAAGGCAACGACAGCUCACCCACUGCUCUUCGUGAGUCAUGCGAAGCAGGCGCAUGUGGUCUCAAACUCCACGAGGAUUGGGGCUCCACACCGGCAGCGAUCGACACAUGCCUGUCAGUCUGCGACGAAUACGACGUGCAAUGCCUGAUUCACACGGACACACUGAACGAGUCCGGCUUCGUAGAACAGACGAUCAAAGCCAUCAAGGGCCGCGCAAUCCACACAUACCACACAGAAGGCGCUGGCGGUGGACAUGCGCCAGACAUCAUCAGUGUAGUCGAGCACGAGAACGUGCUACCUUCGUCCACCAACCCCACCAGGCCGUUCACUCGCAACACGCUCGACGAACACCUCGACAUGCUAAUGGUAUGCCACCACCUGUCAAAGAACAUCCCCGAAGACGUGGCGUUCGCCGAGUCUCGCAUCCGCGCUGAAACCAUCGCUGCGGAGGACGUGCUGCACGAUCUGGGCGCCAUCUCCAUGAUGUCGUCGGACAGCCAGGCAAUGGGCCGGUGCGGCGAGGUCGUGCUACGUACCUGGAACACGGCGAACAAGAACAAACAGCAGCGAGGCUAUCUGCCAGAGGAUGAAGGGACUGGCGCCGACAACUUCAGAGUCAAGCGCUACAUCAGUAAAUACACCAUCAACCCGGCGAUUGCGCAGGGUUUCUCGCACGUCCUUGGGAGUGUCGAGGUUGGGAAGCUAGCAGACCUGGUGGUAUGGAAGCCAGCGUUCUUUGGCACCAAGCCAACGACGGUUGUCAAGGGUGGAAUGAUCGUCAGUGCGAUGAUGGGCGACCCCAACGCCUCGAUCCCCACGGUCGAGCCCGUGAUCUCGCGCCUGCAAUUCGCAUCCUUCGUGCCCUCGACAAGCGUGACGUUCGUGUCACAAGCAUCCAUCACGAGCGGCACGAUCGCGUCCUACGGGCUGACGAAGCGCGUCGAGGCCUGCAAGAACACGCGCAACAUCGGCAAGAAGGACAUGAAGUUCAACGACGCCAUGCCCAAGAUGAGGGUCGAUCCCGAGCGCUAUAUCGUCGAGGCCGACGGCGUCGAGAUGAAGGCCGAGCCUGCCGAGAGCGUGCCCCUGGCGCAGCGGUUUUUUCUGUAUUGA